AUGGGGGUUCUGGUGGUGCUCUUGGGGGUGCUGAACUUCCUGGGGGCAGCUCUGGGGGACUCCCCUGCCCUCCACUUGCACAGCACCUCCUGCCACUUGGCCAGACCCAUCUCUGGCAGCCCUUUGGGGUUCCUUAGCUUCUUGGGCAAGGAUGCCCAGGGACUAGCCCUGUUCCAUGCCCGCUGGGAUGGGCACGGGAGGCUGCAGGUGUGCAGCCGGCAGGAUGAGCCAGAGCUCACUACAGCCUUCAGUACCCUCUGUGCUGGUGAGAUCACCCGGGACUCCUUCAUCCACACCCCUGGACCUGAGCUGCAGAGAGCCCUGGCCACCCUUAAGCGUCAGUGGGAGGCCUGCAGAGGGCCUGCCAAGAGUCCAGCAGAGACCAGGGAGAAGCGAGCAGCAGGGCAGAGUGGAGCGCCUGGCAUGGGGAACCAGCGAGUGAAGAGAGGCUGGACCAUGCCUGGCACACUGUGGUGUGGAGUUGGGGAUUCUGCCGGGAACACCUCGGAGCUGGGGGUCUUCCAGGGCCCCGAUCUCUGCUGCCAGGAACACGACCGCUGCCCACAGACUGUCUCACCCUUCCAGUACAACUAUGGCAUCCGAAACUACCGACUCCACACCAUCUCCCACUGCAACUGUGAUGCCAGGUUCCAGCAGUGCCUGCAUAACCAGCGGGACUCCAUCUCUGACAUCGUGGGCGUGGCCUUCUUCAACGUGCUGGCGAUCCCCUGUUUCGUCCUGGAGGACCAGGAGGCCUGUGUGGAGUGGUACUGGUGGGGCGGGUGUAGAACAUAUGGCUCUGUAUCCCUCGCCCGUCUCCAGCCCAGGACCUUCUACAAUGCCUCCUGGAGCUCCCUUGCCAUUCCCCUGACUCCCAGUCCUCAGAACCCAGCACCCAGCAAGCCUCGGUGGAUUCAGCACCCUCAGAAGUGGCCAGCACAGCAGAAAGAGUCCGAGUACCCCAGCCAAGCCAAUGCCACAGCCCUCCAGGCCCCUGUGGCCUCCCCUGGGCCUGAUGUGGCCUCCAUAGUCCAGCUGGAGGUCACUGAUUCAGGCCUCCAGGGACUAUGGCGUGGCCUAAAACCUCAAGGUGCCCGCCAGGCCUGCCGCGGCUUCCGCCGCCUGGACCAGUGUGAGCAUCAGAUCGGGCCCCAGAAGACCAAGUUCCAGCUGUUCAACGAUGCCCGUGAACCCCUCUUCCACUGCAACUGCACGCGCCGUCUGGCACGCUUCCUGAGGCUCCACAGCCCACCUGUGGACGCCAACAUACUUUGGGAGCUGCUGGGCAUGACCUGCUUCAAACUGGCCCCUCCACUGGACUGUGCUGAGGGCAAAGGCUGUUCCAAAGACCCCAGGGCCAUCAAGGUGUCAGCUCGGCACCUGCAGCAACUUCAGCAGAGGCAACUCCAGCUCCAGGGGACAGGCACAGACAACAGGCAGGCAUGGACUUCAGAGCACCCAAAGGCCCCCAUGUCAUUCUAUGACCGGUGUCUGCAGCUGACCCAGGGAGCCGGAGGACCUGAAGGACAGCAGAAAUCCUGGAACCAGUGACCUCAGUUCCAGCUCUCCUGGGCACAAGACUGGACCUCGUCCCUGGCUUUGCUAGGCCCUGGGGGUCUCAGCUUCCCCUCCACGUGUUAGACUGAAGCAUGGACGGGCUCUUGUGGA